AUGGCCACCUUUGUGGCUUCUCCUCGAGGAUCGCCGAAGCUCUGCUUCGAAGGUUACGUGUACACCAAGCGCGGGACCACCGACGAGAAGGCGGUAUGGAGAUGCGAGAAAUUCCAGGAGGGUUGCCGGGGACGAGCUGUUACUGCAGAUGAGACGACCACUAUUACACAAGGCCAUACUUGCCAUCUACCGAGUCCGGAAAAUGUCGCUGCGGCGCGUUUACAAGAGGAGAUCAAAACUGUAGCCAAGCGUUCCCACGACACCCCUCGGAACGUCGUGACCGCCUGCCUACAAGGGGCAAGACCAGCGACUAUCGCGAAGCUCCCCCCCAAGCUGUCAUCACUGGAAAGGAAGGUGAACAGAGCUCGACGCGAAGCCCAUGGCGCAGCUCAAGUUCCCUACCGAAUCCAGGACAUAAUUGUACCUGAACAUGACAAGAACAGCGUCACCUGA